CCGAAGGAGGGCGCUACAAUUUAGACAUGUCGUCGACGUUUCGUAUCACCUGCGUGAACACUGCACUAGUAUACGUCAUUAUUCACAUGAUUAUUCCCACGUUUCCGUUUCCUGGAAGGCGAAAUCUGAAUCAUAGUGAAUCGGACGAGGAAAAUGGCGACAUCCUCGGAGGAAGUGCUGUUAAUUAUCAACCAGGUUCGUCUGCACAAGAGUGACGGCUCUUUGUAUUUCAUGACUGAACGUCUGGCCUGGCAGGAUGAUAAUAAAGAUCACUUCACUGUCAGUCAGCAUUACAGGGACAUCAAACAGCAAAAGAUCAGCCAGGACACCAGCAUCAAAGUCCAGCUCCAGGUGGUCCUUCACGACGGCCGCAACUCCAAGUUCCACUUCGCCAGCCGAGAAGGCCAUGCCGCUCAGAUGCGGGACCGGGCCACCGCUAAGGAGCUCCUUCAGCAGCUGCUGCCCCGCUUCAGGCUGAUGGUGAACAAGGAGUUGGAGGAGAAGAACCGAAUCCUGCAGGAGGAUCCGGAACUCUUCCAACUCUACAAGGACCUGGUCAUCAGUAAGGUCAUGACCGCCGACGAGUUCUGGGCUAACAGAAAGGCAACAGUUGUUCCCAAAGAACCCAGCAUCAGCAACUCCAAGGCCAAGCAGGAUGUUGGCGUGUCAGCGGCCUUCCUGUCAGACAUCAAACCUCAGACAGACGGGUGUAAUGGAGUGAAGUACAACCUGACGGCGGACAUCAUCGAAGCCAUCUUCAGAAUAUACCCAACAGUAAGGAAGAAGCACGCUGAGAACGUUCCGCAGAACAUGACGGAGAAGGAGUUCUGGACGCGAUUCUUUCAGUCGCAGUACUUCCACCGGGACAGGAUCCACCUCAACAAUAAAGACAUCUUCACCGAAUGUGCCAAGGAUGACGAAAAAGAAAUGAAGAAUGAAGCUAACAAUCGCGAUCCUCUGUUGAACAUGGAAGCCAUGUCAGACAACACUUUGGGCGAGGGAUACGGUUCAAAAAAAGAUGGUCCCAGAUCGCAGUCCAACAACCACCUUGUCAAUGCGUCAAUCAUCAAAAGAUUCAACCAUCACAACGCCAGAGUCUUGAGUAUCUCACAACAAGAAGGCGGACCUUCCUCUAACGGUCUUCCACCUGGUAUCCCAUCAUCCUCUUCAACCGCACCGUCCAACAACCACCGAGAAGCGACUCAGAGCGAUGAGCGGCCGGCAAAACGGACGCGUCUCAAGGAAGCCAUCGAGAUCGAAGACUUGGCUCCCUCCACGAGCACGACGCCCGUGACCUUAAGACUGGAGAGAACAGACAGGUAUUACCACGGACCCACGCCAGUCAACUUAUCCAAGUACAGCUCAUCCAGUGAGGUGGUCGGUGCAGUGGAGCGAUUGGAACAGCAGCUUAGCGCACAACAGACCAGUUUGACCAAGGUAUUGCGAGGUGGUGUUGCGCGAUCAGUCACCAAUGAACUGACACCAGGGGGCGCCCUAAUGGGCCGCAAUACCACACAGCCCCUGCACACUCUCUAUAACAAAGAAGUCCAUGAGGAGCUGAAACGUCUCUACGCAGCUCUCGCGGAAAUCCUCCGCCACUUUUGGUCCUGCUUCCCCGUCGCCAACAAAUCCGUUGAGGAAAAACUGAUGCGCAUGAAGGGAACGCUGGAGCAAUUCCAAGCCAAGAAACUGCAGCCGUUCCGCGAGUCGCUCGCGAAGCAGCACAUAGGUGCUAAUAUGACCAUACACAUGGAGGAACUGCUGACCACCGCCUACACCAAGUUCAACUCCUGGCAAGCCAAGAAUGCAGGUCAAAGGUCAUGAUAUCCCUUCCCAGCAUGCAUUGCUGAAGUUUACUGUAAACCCAUUAUUUGUUUGGUCAGCACAAUGCUAUAUUUGACACACUGAUCUCCCGACACUACUACACCCUGACUUAUUGAAAUUAUACAGAAUUAAAGUUUCUGACGUUUUUUCUUAAAAGCAAGAAAUGUCUGUACCUUUUGUGACAUUGUAUUAUUUCUUUUGCUUUAUAAAAAAAGUUUUCAAUUAAAAAAAAAUUGGGGGCAGAAAAAUAACAGUCAGGAAAUUCUUAGAAUAUCUAAAAUCUGAAAAAAAGAGCAUGUUUACACCAUGAAGUAACGAAUAGGCCACAUUUGUGAAGGAAUACAAUGACGGUGCUGCGAUGACGGCAUUUUGUGGGUAUCAUAUUUAUUGAAGUACAUGUAGUUUUAAUAAAAAGACUAAAAAAUAAGGAAGGUAAACUAUAGUCUAAUUUUUGAGGUGUAGCAAUAUUUAAAGGUACAUCAGUAACCUUUCAAAGGUUACUGAUUCAUGUCAGUUUACACACCUAAAUGGUACAGCGCCCUCAAUUGUUUUAGAAGAAAACAAAUCAGUGUCCUGCCAUUUUUUUGUGCAUUCCUUGCUCUACCUGUACGCAAUGUUUUUUGACUUCAUAUGCUAUUCUUAUACUUGCACGUUGUGCUUAAUCACAGCUGCACACCUUUUUGAAAUGGAAAAACUAUAAGCACGUCAGUUAUGUACAGUUUGUAAAGUAUAUAAUUAUGUUUGGGAAAAAAAAGGAAAACAAAUUGAUGUUGGACACAGAUUGUAACAGUCAAACACUGAUCAGAAGAGCACUGUUAAUACAAGAUACUGCUUAUAACAAGAACAAUUUUAGAUCCCAA